GCUACAAAAAAAAUUGGGGGAGGGGGGCUAAAAAGGACUGAUCACGUAGGUCCAGCCCAAAACAAUUUGAGGAAAAAGAUCUCCCAAUGAGCAUAGAUGAUGAUGAGGAGAAUGAGCCUCUUGCUAAGAGGAUGUGCCGACUGUUUAACCAGGGAGUUGACCAACAAAAACCAAGUACCGAGCCCACCGAUGGCAACCUCAAUCAGGAUAACACUCCCCAUAAAACACCUAUCUCUAGAGUUUCCGAUGCAGGAACACUCUCCGUAGCAGUAAUGCAACAUCAAGAAUGGGAGUUCGACGGACAAUUUUCCUAAGCAAAACUAUUUCAUUUUGUGGUCUAUUUUACUUGUUAGUGAAUUAGGAACUGUAUCCAUAUAAAACUAACUUCUCUUUAACAUUGGUUGAGUUUCUUGCAGUAAUCCCAAUUUUCUGUCAAUGCGAGACCCCAAGAGUGAAAGAAUGUGGCAGUACUUUGAGCAACUGCAGAACACGAAGCCACUGCAGACUGUGAUGCCAACCACUCAGUCUUGCAUGACUCCUAGUCCACCGAGCUAGAAGAUUUCACUGGGCAUGACUCAGAUGGAAAAGAAGUCUACCCAAUGUACUUCUAUAAAGGUGCAUCCAUUGUUAAAGGGGCGAAAGCUGGACAAGGAUGAUGAGGAGCGAUUGCGACGAUGGGCUACUAAUGGUUUGUUGGAGAAAAGGCAGGUCGUGGCGUCGUAUGAAGGAAAGCAACAUCUAGUAUUGGUCCGAGAGGACAUCUGCACACUGCUACCCCAGCGCUGGGUCAACAGCAACAUUGUUCAGUGGAUGUGUUCAACCUUUAAUGUCUCAGAGUCAUUGCGGUUUAGGGAUGACUUCUACUGUAUUCCUCCAGAAAUUUUGUGGUUUGUCCUAGUCUGUAUCGAUCGUCAUUGGUGGCUGUUUGCCUUUGAGAUUGCUCAAAAAAGGCUGUGGGUGCUGGAUAGUAUGUAUUCAGGAGAGUAUAAUGAUGAUAGAUCAAACAUGCAUGCUUAUGUGGGGAAAAUCAUUGAAGACAUAGCUAAAGUGUUGAUGUCCGCAUAUGAGCCCACAGAGAACGACCUACCUCGUUUCUAUCCCAGCGUCCCAAAACAACAUAACGGCUGUGAUUGUGGUGUAUUUGGAGUUUAGAGAAACCCUUGCAGCUUUGGGACAAGGACGUUCUACAGGAGUUCCGGAAGAAAAUUAUACUAGACAUAGUGAUAGGUCCCCAUAAUUCACAAAUUGGGAAGGCACUGCGUGCCUUGGACAGCGAUCCUGUGCGCCGCAACCAGCCAAGAAAAAAGACUAAGGUUGUGAGAUCACCCUUCACAGCACCGAGCACGAAGAGCAUGCUGUAGCGUGCGGGGUUACCUACUAGAAAGCCAAGCAAGAGGGGAAGACAACGGAAGAAGACAGAUGCCUAGGUUUAUGAUUUCAUGUUGAUGAUGUUGUCAAGUUGCUAGUGACUUUAUCUAAAACCUUUAAGUGGAUGGUACUUCUGAUAGGCAUUAGGAUGUUUCUUUUCUUUGUAAACUGUAUAGCUCUGGAUCUGUUUUUCAAGUUAUCACAUGUUAGGCAUUUGAACAUGUGUGUACUUCAUUGAGAAGUGAAUGGCUCGUGUUUUAUUAGAUACUCCUCAGCAGGUUUCAUGUGUUAAGUAAUUCAGAAUUGUCAAGCAAUUAGUUCUCAAAUUGUGGAUGUCUCUAGUUCA